GAAACCAAGGAGAGGGAAAGAAAUCAUCUCAAGUCCUCCUCCACCUCCGUCUUCGUCACGGACGCACCCGGUUUGGCUUAAUGUCUAGUGGUGAGUUUCGUGACAGCUUCGUCGAUCCCCCAGCCGCCAAAAAGCGGAAGCUGCCAUCGCCGACGCCGUCGCUGACACAGCCGCCCGAGCACGAGCAGCCGCCGCAUUCGUCAUCGCCAGCGAUUGAGCGCUCUGCACCAUCAUCGGCCGCAGCCGCUGCAGUAGUAGUAAUGGCGACGUCCAAUAACAAUGGCUCCGCUCCCGUGCCGUCCGUGGAGAACAAUUCCGGCGGUGGUGGUGCUGCAGGUGCUGGCGCCCAGGAAAUCGACGAGGGCCUAUACUCGCGCCAGCUGUACGUGCUCGGUCAUGACGCGAUGCGUCGGAUGGCCCGUUCGGAUGUGUUGAUUUCCGGGCUGGGCGGGCUCGGCGUCGAGGUAGCAAAGAACGUGAUUCUCGGUGGAGUGAAGUCUGUCACCCUGCAUGACACGGCUGUUUGCACGGUCGGCGAUCUAUCGUCUCAGUUCUACCUGACCGCGGACGAUGUGGCCACUGGGCGGAACCGUGCGGAGGCCAGCUGCCAGCAGCUCUCCGAACUCAACCACUACGUACCGACGGUGGCGUACACGGGCGAGCUGACGGAGGAAUUUUUGCAAAAGUUCCGGGUCGUGGUGCUGACACUGGCCUCGCCCGCCGAACAACGGCGUGUUGCCGAAAUCACCCAUCGGCACAACAUCGCCCUCAUUGUGGCCGAUACCCGUGGCCUGUUCGCCCAGGUGUUCUGUGACUUUGGAAACGAUUUUACCGUGUACGACCAGAAUGGGGCUAAUCCGAGCUCGGCCAUGGUGGCCAGCAUUACGAACGAUGUCGAGAGUGUCGUUACGUGCGUAGAUGAAACGCGCCACGGAUUCGAGGAUGGCGAUUAUGUUACCUUUACGGAGGUUCAAGGAAUGACGGAGCUGAACGGAUCGGCUCCGAUGAAGAUCAAGGUGCUUGGACCUUACACCUUCAGCAUUGGCGAUACGAGCAAGCUAAGUCCGUACUUGCGCGGUGGCAUUGCAACGCAGGUGAAAAUGCCCAAGCAGUUGAGCUUCAAAUCGCUGGCCGAGGCAGAAAACGCUCCAGAGUUCAUUAUGACCGAUUUCGGCAAGUGGGAUCACCCGAACAACACGCAGGUCGCAUUCACCGUGCUCGGUCGCUACCAGGAGCAGCAUGGCCGUUUGCCACGUCCCUGGAACACAGCGGAUGCAACCGAAUUCGUGGAAAUGUGUCGCCAGCGUGCGAAGGAACUAUCGAUGGAGGAACUGAACGAGUCAAUGUUGACCAAGUUCGCACAAGUGUGUGCCGGUGAUUUGUGUCCGAUGAACGGAGCGAUUGGGGGCAUUACUGCGCAGGAAGUGAUGAAAGCUUGCACUGGCAAAUUCACGCCCAUUUACCAGUACUUGUGCUUCGACGCGAUUGAAUGCCUGCAGGAGGGUGAUCUGACGGAGGAAGAAUGCGCCCCGAUCGGUUCACGAUACGAUGGACAGAUUGCCGUCUUUGGUCGCAAGUUCCAGGAUGUGUUGGGACAGUUGAAGUACUUCAUCGUCGGUGCUGGUGCUAUCGGUUGUGAGCUGUUGAAGAACUUUGCCAUGAUUGGGGUUGCGUCUAAGGGGGAUGGCGAGAUCAUUGUGACCGAUAUGGAUCUGAUCGAGAAGAGCAAUCUGAAUCGUCAGUUCCUUUUCCGCCCGCAUGAUGUACAGCAACCGAAAUCCCGCGUUGCCGCUCAGGCAGUGAAGCGUAUGAAUGGGGACAUCAAGGUAACGUCGCAUGAAAACCGUGUCGGACCGGAAACGGAGCGGUUCUACGAUGAUACAUUCUUUAACCGAUUGGAUGGUGUUGCAAAUGCACUGGACAACAUUGAUGCUCGUAUCUACAUGGAUCGCCGCUGUGUGUACUAUCGCAAGCCACUGUUGGAGUCAGGAACGCUUGGAACCCUAGGCAAUAUUCAGGUUGUUGUUCCGUUCCUGACCGAGUCAUACAGCUCUUCGCAGGAUCCACCAGAGAAGUCGAUUCCGAUCUGUACGCUGAAAAACUUUCCGAACGCGAUCGAACACACAUUGCAAUGGGCCCGAGACACGUUCGAAGGAAUCUUUAAGCAGGUGGCCGAGAAUGCUGCACAGUACAUCACUGAUCCAACCUUCAUUGAGCGCACACUAAAACUGCCCGGCGUUCAACCUCUGGAGGCACUCGAAUCGGUCAAGAGAGCACUGAUCGACGAUAGGCCAAAAUCAAUUGAAGACUGCGUAAAGUGGGCCCGUAUGUACUUUGAGGAGCAGUACUCGAAUCAAAUCCGCCAGCUGCUUUUCAACUUUCCGCCCGACCAGAUGAGUUCCACCGGGCAACCGUUCUGGUCCGGACCGAAACGUCUGCCGGAAGCAAUCACGUUCGAUCCGGAAAAUGCGCUCCAUCUUGAUUACAUAUUUGCAACUGCCAAUUUGAAGGCGGAAGUGUACGGCAUUCCACAGCAACGCAACCGGGAUGCCAUCAGAAAGCUGGUGAUGGCCGUUGAGGUGCCGAAGUUCACGCCACGUUCGGGUGUUAAAAUUGCCGUGACGGAUUCUGCACUGCAAGCGGAGGAGAAUGGAGGUGGUGGCGGUGGUGGUGGAGAAGAUCUUGACCCGGACCGUAUCAGCCGGCUGCAGAACGAGCUGGCAGCAUUGGGCAAGCCGGACUUUACGAUUACGCCGCUCGAAUUCGAAAAGGACGACGAUAACAAUCUGCACAUGGACUUUAUUGUGGCUGCAUCGAAUCUGCGCGCUGCCAACUACAAAAUUCCGCCCGCAGACCGUCACAAGUCGAAGCUGAUUGCGGGUAAAAUUAUGCCGGCCAUCGCUACUACCACGUCGCUCGUGGCCGGAUGCGUUUCGCUGGAGCUGUACAAACUGGCUCAAGGCUUUAACACGCUGGAACGGUUCAAGAACGGUUUCCUUAACCUGGCGCUGCCCUUCUUUACCUUCUCCGAGCCGAUCCAGGCGAAAAAAUCGACCUACUACGACAAGGAGUGGACGUUGUGGGACCGGUUCGAGGUAAAGGGUGAUUUGACGCUGCAGGAAUUCCUCGACUACUUCGACCGUGAGCACAAGCUCAAGAUCACGAUGCUGUCGCAGGGUGUUUGCAUGCUGUACGCGUUCUUUAUGACGAAGCAGAAGCAACAGGAGCGACUUAAUCUGCCCAUGUCCGAGGUGGUGCGGAAGGUAUCGAAGAAGAGUAUUGAGCCGCACGUGCGUGCGCUCGUGUUUGAGAUCUGCUGUAAUGAUGAGGCCGGUGAGGAUGUGGAGGUGCCGUACGUGCGCUACGUGUUGCCUUGAAUAUCUUAAAUCGCU